AUGGCGAACGCUAUCAAUGAGAAACAAGGCGAAACGCCUUACUAUCCUGUUCUGAUCAUUGGAGCGGGUGCAAGUGGUAUCGCGACCGGUUGUCAACUCAAGCAGAAGCUCGGGUUUGAUCAGUUCAAGAUUGUUGAUCGUCAGUCUGGCAUUGGUGGGACUUGGUGGAUAAAUCGAUACCCCGGAGUGGAAUUACGGUGGAUAGAGUCCGACGGGCAAUGGGAAGUCACGCUCCAGCAUCUGGUUCCUGGAGUUGGUGAUCUCAGUACCCGAGACCGAGAAGACAAAGCUGCUGCAUCCGGCCACGACUCAGUAUACCUACAAGAGGAGGUUGUGCGCGCCAAAACAGUUGUAAGCUGCGUAGGAAUUCUUGUCGAGCCGAACCCCUGGCCAACUUCCAUCCCCGGACGGGAUACCUUCAAGGGUGAAGUGUUCCACUCUGCACGUUGGCGUGACGAUAUCAAUCUAAAUGGGAAGGACAUCAUCGUCCUUGGAACUGGCUGCAGCGCCGCACAGGUAGUGCCUUCGCUGCUCAAAGAGCCCUACCAGGUGAAAUCUCUCACACAGAUCGGGCGAUCAGCACCAUGGGUAAUGCCUCGACUUUCUGAGCCAUUUGGGCAAGAGACUUAUGCAAAGUACGCUCCCACGAUCUACAAAUGGCUUCCGUUUCUUGGAUAUGUGAACCGCGUGUUGAUAUACCUCCUUGUGGAAGUCAUUUGGUCGACAGUUUUCCAGAUGAAGCACAAGAAAUGGCGCGCUGCUAUCGAGAAACAGCAGCUGGAGAUGAUGCGAAGCAUAGUACCUGAGAAGUACCACAAUCUCAUGACUCCUGACUAUCCGUAUGGCUGUAAGAGACGUGUUUUUGAUACCGAGUGGCUACCUAGCAUGCACAAGCCAAACUACGCGCUUACAAACCGCCGAAUUCUAGCUGUAGACGGAAGCGAGUUGGUUUUGGGGCCAGAGGUUGUGCCUGACGGAGUGGAUGUGAAGGGUGCGUCAACUGAAGAGCGCGUCCAUGCCGACGUAAUCAUCCUCGCAAAUGGUUUUGAGGCAACUCGUUGGCUGCAUCCGCUUUCCGUGUACGGUCGAGACGGUGUCGCUCUGCAGGAUGUGUGGAAGCAGCGUGGAGGCCCCGCUGCUUACAUGGGCAUGGCAGUUGAUGGUUUUCCAAACUUCUUCAUUGCCGUCGGGCCCAACACCGCAAAUGGUCAUCACUCUCUUAUCCUUACGACCGAAAACACCGUGUCAUAUAUCCUGAAGAUGAUCAAACCCAUCAUACGCGGCCAAGUCGAUCAAGUGGAGGUCAAGAAAGAAGCUGUGACGGCCUGGACCGAAGAUGUGAAGCAAGGUCUGGAAAAGACCGUCUUCGUUGGUUGUCGAAGCUGGUACCUGGACGAGGAGGGUUACAACUCGACCAUGUAUCCGGGCGACGGUGCCUCUUCGAGGUAG